GUGACCAUGGCCUUGCUGGGGAAGCGCUGUGACCUCCCCGCCAAUGGUUGCGGGCCUGACCGCUGGAACUCGGCCUUUGCCCGCAAAGACGAGAUCAUCACCAGCCUCCUGUCUGCCUUAGAUUCCAUGUGCUCCGCGCUCUCCAAGCUGAACGCUGAGGUGGCCUGCAUCGCCGUGCACGAUGACAGCGCCUUCGUGGUGGGCACCAGCAAGGGCCGGAUGUUCCUGAGCGCCAGGAAGGAGCUGCAGUCGGACUUCCUCAGGUUCUGCCGAGGACCCUUAUGGAAGGAUUCGGAGGCAGAGCACCCCAAGAAGGUGCUGCGGGGCGAAGGCGGCGGCCGUAAUGCCCCCCGGUCCUCCCUGGAGCACGGCUCAGACGUGUACCUGCUGCGAAAGAUGGUGGAGGAGGUGUUCGAUGUCCUCUAUAGUGAGGCCCUGGGCACGGCCAGCGUGGUGCCUUUGCCCUAUGAGCGGCUGCAGCGGGAGCCAGGGCUUCUGGCUGUGCAGGGGCUGCCCGAGGGCCUGGCCUUCCGCCGGCCAGCUGAGUACGACCCCAAGGCGCUCAUGGCCAUCCUGGAGCACAGCCAUCGCAUCCGCUUCAAGCUCAAGAGGCCUCUGGACGACGGUGGGCGAGACUCCAAGGCCCUGGUGGAACUGAACGGCGUCUCCCUGCUGCCCAAGGCGUCCCGGGACUGUGGCCUGCACAGCCAGGCCUCCAAGGUGCCCCCCCUCAAGCAGGAGGCGCCAGCCUGUCCCCUUGCCCCCGGCGAGCUGGGCCUGGGCCUGCCAGUGCCCGAGCCCAAGGCCCCUGGUGCCCAGGACUUCUCCAACUGCUGUGGACAGAAGCCCACAGGGCCCACUGGGCCUCUCAUCCAGAACGUCCACGCCUCCAAGCGUAUUCUGUUCUCCAUCGUCCACGACAAGUCAGAGAAGUGGGACGCUUUCAUCAAGGACACGGAGGACAUCAACACGCUGCGGGAGUGCGUGCAGAUCCUGUUCAACAGCAGAUACGCGGAAGCCCUGGGCCUGGACCACAUGGUCCCUGUCCCCUACAGGAAGAUCGCCUGUGACCCGGAGGCUGUGGAGAUCGUGGGCAUCCCAGACAAGAUCCCCUUCAAACGCCCCUGUACUUAUGGGGUCCCCAAGCUGAAGCGGAUCUUGGAGGAGAGACACAGCAUCCACUUUGUCAUUAAGAGGAUGUUCGAUGAGCGGAUUUUCACAGGGAACAAGUUUACCAAAGACUCCACGAAGCUGGAGCCGGCCAGCCCCCCAGAGGACCCCUCCACCACCGAAGCCUCCAGGGCUGGCCUCCUCGACCUGGCCGCUGCUGCCUGGUCAGACAAGGGCAAGGACCCCCACUUCCUCCUCACAGGGACAUCCGGGGAGCUGGGCAUGCUGCGGCCCAUCAAAAUUGAGCCCGAGGACCUGGACAUCAUUCAGGUCACCGUCCCAGAUGCUUCGCCAGCCUCCGAGGAGAUGACAGACUCACUGCCGGGCCACCUGGCGUCCGAGGACUCCGGCUACGGCAUGGAGGUGGCGGCUGACAAAGGGCCCGGCGAGGACCCGCGGCCGGAGGAGCAGCCCCUGGAGGACAGCCACGGCGACGUGAUCCGACCCCUGCGGAAACAGGUGGAGUUGCUCUUCAACACGCGCUAUGCCGAGGCCAUCGGCAUCUCGGAGCCAGUCAAGGUGCCCUACUCCAAGUUCCUGACGCACCCCGAGGAGCUGUUCGUGGUGGGGCUGCCCGAAGGCAUCUCCCUGCGCAGGCCCAACUGCUUCGGCAUCGCCAAGCUGCGCAAGAUCCUGGAGGCCAGCGAAAGUAUCCAGUUUGUCAUCAAGAGGCCCGAGCUGCUCACCGAGGGUGUCAAGGAGCCGGUCGCUGACAGCCAAGAGAGGGAUUCCGGGGACCCCCUUGUGGACGAGAGCCUGAGGAGACAGGGCUUCCCAGAAAAUUACGAUGCCAGACUCUCGAGGAUCGACAUAGCCAACACUCUGCGGGAGCAGGUCCAGGACCUGUUCAAUAAGAAAUACGGGGAAGCCUUGGGUAUCAAGUACCCCGUCCAGGUGCCCUACAAGCGGAUCAAGAGCAACCCCGGCUCAGUGAUCAUCGAGGGGCUGCCCCCAGGAAUCCCCUUCCGGAAGCCAUGCACUUUCGGCUCCCAGAACCUGGAGCGGAUCCUUGCCGUGGCCGACAAGAUCAAGUUCACGGUCACCAGGCCAUUCCAAGGACUCAUCCCGAAGCCUGAUGAGGAUGACGCCAACAGGCUGGGGGAGAAGGUGAUCCUCCGGGAGCAGGUGAAGGAGCUCUUCAACGAGAAAUACGGUGAGGCCCUGGGCCUGAACCGGCCCGUGCUGGUCCCUUACAAGCUGAUCCGAGACAGCCCUGACGCCGUGGAGGUCACGGGCCUGCCCGACGACAUCCCUUUCCGGAACCCCAACACCUACGACAUCCACCGGCUGGAGAAGAUCUUGAAGGCGCGGGAGCACAUGCGCAUAGUCAUCAUAAACCAGCUCCAACCUUGUACAGAAAUCUCCAAUGAUGCCAAGGUGCCAGCUAGGGACAGCGUUCCCAAGCGCAAGAGAAAGAGGGUCUCCGAAGGCAACUCUGUGUCUUCCUCCUCCUCGUCUUCCUCCUCCUCGUCCUCCAACCCGGAGUCCGUGGCGUCCACCAACCAGAUUUCCCUCGUGCAGUGGCCGAUGUACAUGGUGGACUACACCGGCCUCAACGUGCAGCUGCCGGGAGCCCUCAAUUACUGGACCUCAGCGCCCAACCAGGACCUCACAGAAAGACUAAAGGAAGUAUAAUUUAUGUACAAAGUGUAUAUUCGGAUAUGUAUCGAUGCCUUUUAGUUUUUCCAAUGAUUUUUACACUAUAUUCCUGUCACCAAGGCCUUUUUAAAUAAGUAAAAAAAAAAAAGUGUCUCCUUCCUUUGUAAGGGUCACAUGAUUCUGGUCUCAGGUACAGAAGCGGGUGGGAAAGCCCUUCCCUACGUGAGAGCAGGCUGUGCUCUGGCGGCUGUUGGGGGACAUGACCUCAAAACACACACACACACACACACACACACA